CGACAUGGCAUUGCCGUCACCUGUAAACCCUGGAGGACUCGCACCUCUCCGCCGAGGAGAAAGUUUGUGGCGGCUGAGAGCAAAGAUUUGAACAGAGAAGAAACUGCAGCGGCAGCAACAGGGAGACAGUGAGGAGACGGUCACACACACACACACACGCGCGGGGUCAGGGACACGGGGGCUUUGCAAACAGACGGAUGCCGAAGAGGAAGGCGGGGGGUGUUUUGUGGGACCAUCAGCCUUGGAAACGGUUUAUUCCGACCUUUGUGGAGAAGAGCAACAGAGACAUCGCCAGAGCCGCGGGGAGACCUCAGCCCAGACCCCCAGCCCGGGGCCUGGACACCCCCAACCCGGGGCCUGGAGACUCCCAGCCCGGGGUCUGGAGACCCCCAACCCGGGGCCUCGACACCCCUAACCCGGGGCCUGGACACCGCCAACCCGCAGCCUGGAGACCCCUAACCCGGGGCCUGGACACCCCUAACCCGGGGCCUGGACACCGCCAGCCCGGGGCCUGGACACCCCCAACCCGGGGCCUGGACACCCCUAACCCGGGGCCUGGACACCGCCAGCCCGCAGCCUGGAGACCCCCAGCCCGCGGCCUGGACACCCCCCGCUCACAGCCUCGGCCUCAGCCCGCAGCACCCGCCCAGAAUGUAGAGUUGAAUGAUGUGCCGUCCGCAUUCAACUCCUUCCAGUUUUGGAGAGUUCCUUUACCUACUAUCAACUUGGACGAGAUUGAGAAUCCCACCUUGGAGAAUGCAGCCGAAGAAAUGAACUGUGAAGAGACAGAGGAGGCAGCACAUGUGGAAAUGGAUGUGCAGAACUAAGAUUUGCAUUUUUUUUAAAAAUUAAGUAAGGCAACAUUUAAAAAAAAAUCCUCCCAAAGGGAAAUGGGAAAGUGUCUGCAGACAUCUUGGUAAUUUCCAAAUACGCUCAUUCUGCUGUGAAAUCUGCAUUUCCGAGUUCCCAUGGAGAAGGCCUAACAGGUCACAUGUCUCAUUCCUUUCAGAGAAGCAUAAAAGGUCAACAGACUUUCAAAGUAACCCUUUCCCGGUCUGUAUAGGCUGAUAGCAGUGCUUGGCUGUGUAAAUUAAUAUGUUGUCAUUGCUAUAGAAGUAGUAAUCAGUUGGAAAAAAAUACACACACUUCCAAAUAGUACAUGUGCUGAAUUCAAGUGAAAUCAUCAUAGCACAAAUUAACACAACAAUGAUACACUGGCUUUAAGGGCUGUGAAGGAUAGUGGUGGGGGUUGCUGACUGGUAUGUGAAAUACUUAAGUGUGUUCUAUCCUUUAUUCUAAUUUAAAAUUGUUUAUUUCUUGUUUUCUUUCCAUUUGAUUUUUUUUAUUUUCAUUCAUCUCUUUCACGUUUGUCUAAUCCUUAAAAAUGUAAUGUAUGCCUAGUUUGCUUUAUUUCCUAGCGUGUUUCAAUUAAAAUUUUAUCUCUCAUACACUCACAAUACCAUUAACUAUUUCCUGCCACCACUGCAGGUUGAAGGAAAGUCAGUUUUGUAUUAAUGGAGGCAGUGCUUGCCCAUAGUGCUCUCCAAAAUUGAAAUGUCUGUGACAUCUGCAAUGAUUAUACAAUAGUUUUACUUUUUUUACUGAGUAAGUGCUGCUUCUAUCAGCAUGAAACUGACUUCUCUUAAUCUGUCAGUUGGUAACAGAGUAGAUAAUUAUCUCUCUGUUUUCCUCUGUUCAUCUUUAUGAAGCAACAUCUGAUAUUACAAUACAUUUUACAAUUACAUUUGUAUAGCACCUUUCACGU